GCGACAGCGGCAGGGAAGAGCCACGGAGCUCCCGCUGGAGCCCGGAGCUGCCCCCCGGGCCGGUGCCAUGGCACUGCCGCUGCUGCCGCUGCUCUGCGGGACCGCCGCUCUCCUGCUGCUCCGCGCCGCCGCCGACACCGUGCACUGCAGCCCCCCCAAGGCCGUGGCCAACGCUGACAUCGACGCCGGGAAUCGCACGGAGCUGAACUCCCGCCUGCGCUACUCCUGCAAGCCCGGGUACAAACGGAAAGCUGGGACCUCCAGCCUCAUCCAGUGCAUCCUCUGGAACGGCUCCGAGCCCCGCUGGACCAACCCCACCCUCCAGUGCAUCCGAGAUCCAGCUCUUUCCAGGGAAACCCCCAGCCCGGCGAGCACGACCCAGAGGGCAGGAACCACCAGUGCCAGCCCCAAUUCCAGCCCCUUUCCAGCUUCCAGUCAGUCCCCUGUGCCACCAGCACCUGAUGGGCCGUCACCAGCUGGAUCCAGGCCACCAGAGAUGGUUCCAACACCGGACACAUCCACGCCGGGAGAGGGGACGACCUCGCUGCCCAUCCCGCCCACGGAUUAUGCUGCAGUUUCCAUCCAGUCCGUGGCCUCUUCUGUUGGACUCCUGGUGCUGCUGGCCAUGGGAAUUGUGGCCGUCUGCUGCUGGAGGAGGAGGAGGAAAUGCACCAGGCGUGGCUACACGGUGACAGAGAGGGACAUUCCCAUGGAGGGAAUUCCCUCUGGGAACGAGGAGGUGGCAUCUCCUGUCAUUGUCCCCACGGGCUGAGCACCCACCCUGGGGACACUGGGCGCACCCACCAUGCCAAGGGAUGCCGGAGGAUGGAAUUCUGGAUGCUUCCCUGAGGGGUGGCAGAGCACACGGAGCAGCUCUUCCUGGCCUGAACAUGGAUGACUCCCAUGGAUGACCCCAAAGGUGGGUGGGUGUCCUGCACUGGGAGCUGGGAUUGGGGGGAAUUGGCCCUGGGGAUGCUGGUGGUGGGAAGGGAGAAGGUUGGGAUGGGGUUUGGGAUGAAGCUGAGCUGCCCUGCCCCAGGUAACUCCCAUUCCCUGCCCAGGAGCAUGGAUAGAGUUGGAUUAGCUGGGUAUCUGUCCCAUCCCUUCCCCAGCUUUGUCCCCAAAUCCCAGAAAAUGGAUGGAGAGGGACCCAGCCAAGCAUUUCCCCACACAUCCUCAUCCUUUUCCUGGUUUUGUCCCAAAUCCCAAGAAUUCGAGUGAGAGAGACCCAGCCAAGCAUUUCCCCACAUCCUCAUCCCUUUGCUGCUCUCUUCCAGCCACUGAGCCAGAGCCAAAGGUGUUGGGACCGUGCCAGCCCCACAGAGCUCAGGGAUCCUCUGGAAGCACUCCCAGCCCCGAUCCCGGCUCUGGA